ACGCGCCGCGCCCGUCGCACGCGUCGAGUCGUCGAUCGGUGAAUCGCAUCGACGUCUCUCGUUCUCUUCGCGCGAGCGUCCGCGCGCGGGUUCGGAUCGCGCGCGAGGGAGCGUUCUCCGGACGCGAAGGCCCGCGCGAAGGGUUUCUCGCCAUCGCGCGAGGUGCGAAUCGUAUUUCGCGCGGAGCCACGACGUCCGGCCCCGGAAACCUCACGCGCGCGUCCUACGCGAGCGCGCGAUGAGGAACGCGAACGGCGCGACGACGAGCGCGCGCGAUGAGGAACCCAUCCCUCUGAAGUUCGCGGAUUACAAGCGCUUCGACGACCUCUUCGGGGCGUCUUCCAUCUUCACCAGUGGGACGCCCGCGCAGAGGAAGCGCGAGACGGAGUCCUACGUGAAGGACGCGAUGGAGCGGCGACUGUACGGGUACGUGCAUCGCCUGUACAUGCACGGGACCCCCAUCGAGCGGGUCGCCGUCGGGAAACCAUGCGAGGAAGAGGAUACGAUCGGCGCGGACGUGAACGCGUGCGUCGCCGCCGCGGACGCGCGCGCGGAAGCGCGCGCCCCCUCGGAGGCUUUUGGAAGCGUCCCCGCGAGCGGCGGAGGACGCGCGGGCGCGGGCGGCGUCGUCGCGCGCGCGAGCGUCGACGACUCGCGCGCGCGAGCGCCGGGCGCGCCGAAGGUCAUCUUCGGGCCGGGACAUAAGGGGUGGAACGACGACGAGGGCGGCCUGUGGGACGCGAUGCGCCAUCUCGAGCCGCAGAAGCAGACGCCCGCGCCCGAUGGUGGGUUCGUCGAACCCGCGCAGCACGCGACGCAGCAGCAGCAGCAGCAGCAGCAGCAGCAGCAGCAGCAGUGGGGAGCGGAUCUCGUUCCGGCCGGGUUCGCGGGCGCGUCGUUCACGCCGCUGCCCGCGAUGCGCGCGCAAGGCUUCGUCGCCGCGCAAGAGGACGAGUUCACGGCCGGACGCGAUAGGUUCGAGGAGAUCGAGGAGCGCGUGCGGCAGCUCGAGCAGAGCCUCGCGAUGAGCAACGCGAGAGAGGCGGUCGCGCGCGCCGCGGCGAGAGAGGCGGCGGCGAAGGAGGAGGAGACGCGCGCGUUGCUCCUCGCGGUGAGCGAAGACGAUCCCAUCGCGACCAGCGGGGAAUACGAGCAGACCGACCGCGUGCGGCGCCGCGCGCCGGAGCGCCACAGCGACGUCGACGCGCUCGCGUUCGUGCAGUCCGCGGUGCGAACGCUCGGGUACGACAGCGGCGGCGGCAGCGCGAAGGGGGGGAACGAGCACCACGAACGCGCGCAGAGCGAUCCGAGCCGAGGCGACGGAAACUCGCCCAAGUCGCCGUCGCCGAAGAGUUUCGCGCCGCGCGACGCGUCGCGGUCCAGGUCGCUGUCCGGCGGCGGGAGGAACGAUGGAAAAAAACAGAGCAGGCCGUUCGAGACGUGGGCCGGCGCCGCGGGCGCCGCGAAAGACACCCCGAGCGUGGAGAAGCACGAGGGCGAGAGAGUCGGGGAUAAAGACGCGAGCGGCGGCGGCGCGGCGGCCACCGCGGCGGCGGCGGCGGCGGCGGCGGCGGCGGCGGCGGCGGCGGACGGCUUGCUCCACACGAGCAGCCUCACGUCCUACGGCGGAUCGGGCUCGAGGAAACGCGCGCGAGAGAGCGGAGGAUCCGGCGCGGACGCGGACGCGGACGCCCUCGCGCGGCGCGGGGGCGCGUCCACUCCGCGCGCCCCCGACGCGGAUUCCGAACGAGAUUUCCUGCGCGCGCGCGCGACGCACGCGACGCAGCAAGCGGCGCUCUUACGCGAGAGCAACGCGCGCUACGAAGCGAGGGUGGAGCAGCUCGAGUCGCUCGUGCGCGCGUCGAGCGCGCAGGCGAGCGCGCUGAGGGCGGAGCUCGCGAAAGUCGCCGCGCUCAACGCGAUGAUCGACGGCGGCGCGGAGGACGAGGCCGAGGCGGCGCGCGAAAAUGACUUCGCCGAAAGGGCUUCCGACCCGCAGCGCGCGUCCUCCAAGUCGAAGUCGAUGCGCGGGGGGUUCGUCACGCCUCGAGGCCUCGACGCGGGAGGAGCGGGACCCCGGGGGUACGAUGAGAGGGAGAGGGGGGACGACGACGGCGCGAGGCCCGCGAGGGCGGCGUCUCGACCCGCGCACUCGCCCGUGGUGAGCUCGGUGGAGCAGAGUCCGCUGCCGCGCGGCGGCGGCGGCGGGGGGAUGGAGCAGCGAGCGGCGUGACGGCCCUCGCGACCGACGCGGUCGGUUCUUUCUUCUUUAUGAGUAACGCGCGUUCGCAUCGAACGAAGGCACGACGUACGUUAUGAGUCAUGACGAUGUAACAAUGGUACUAUUCUUUCAUCU